GAUUUACAGUUGGGUUCUAACUGGAUUGACUUUAAUCUCGUGAGUGGGUGUAUCUCAUUCUUCAUUCAAACUCAAGACUCAUUCUCAUGCUCCCAUACCUCAAGCCAGGAACUGGUAUGGGACAACGUCUACAUCAGAUCAAGCAACAUUGACAACUGGACCACAAAAACGUAUUAUGGCAGUACUGUACUCCGUAUAGUCAUUAAUAAGAGGCUAUCAUCCUUACCUAAUGUAAGGAGACUGGAGCUAUCACUGGGUGAUGGAGUCAGUCAGGACAGGAUUAAAGAAAUAAUGACACUAGUGUUUAGUAAGGACACUGGUCUAAUGGCUACUGGUCGAACGGUGGGUGCUACUGGUACUAGCGGAACAGUGGGGACUAUGGCUAAUGGUGGAACAACUAGUGGUUCAGUGGGGCCUGGUUCGGUGGAGCCUGGUCAAAUGGUGAAGGCUACUGGUGGCACAACGAAUGAAACUGGUCGUACGGUGGGGACUGUGGCUACUGGUCGUACGGUGGGGACUGUGGCUACUGGUCGUACGGUGGGGACUGUGGCUACUGGUCGUACGGUGGGGACUGUGGCUACUGGUCGUACGGUGGGGACUGUGGCUACUGGUCGUACGGUGGGGACUGUGACUACUGGUCAUACAGUGGGAUCUGUGGCUACUGGUAAAGUAAAGGUGUCUUCUGCUAGUAACCCUAUUAGAAUCUAUUUGGAUAAGAGUAGUGAGAGUGCUGCUACUAAUGAUGAUGAAGUGUCUCCAAUCACUGCUAAUGCUAACCUACACACACCCACCCCUGCAGAGAGGUUCAUAUGUUCCCAGGACACACCCACAGAGCAGCCGAUAGUAACACUCACUCCUUUCACAUCAACUCCUAAACCACUUCCACCUCUUGCGCAAUCAUCUAUCAACUCCGCCUCCAAUUCUCAUCAAUCAGCCACACCCACUAAUGCAUUACACGUACGUGUAACAGUGACCAAUCAAAUUGUAGCUAAGCCAUCAGGUCCGACUUUAAAGUCUACCAAAGGUUUAUCUAGUGAUGCUACAGUGAAGGUACCACCAGUGUCCAAUUGUCCAGUGACCCAGUCUUCUACCGUUGUCUCUAAACCGGCGUCCAUUGUACCUGCGACCAAUAAAUCAUCAUCUUCCCUUGGCACCAAACCAGUUACUAGCAAAAGGCCUACUUCUGUAGCUACUCCCAAUAAACUGGUGAGAGCAGAGCUCCAGUUUGAAGGUACUCCCCCUCCUCUCCCUCCAUCAGUCCUGCCCUCCUCCUCUGCUCAUAAAGACAGUAGCAACUCCUCAAAGAAAGGAGGACCAUCUUCAGCUACUAAAAAGGAAGAAGGAGCUUCAAAGAAUGGACGACUCUCUCUGGCCCGAUCUUGCAAGACCAGAGCUCUCUUAUCCACAGUAUCAUCAAACUGCAUGGACACUUUUGACUAUGCAGAACAAUCAACCAUCACUGCCUCCAGCAAUAAUAAUAACAAUAAUAAUAAUACUACUGCUGCUAUUAAUAGUGUUACUAAAAAUAGUGUUACUAAAAAUAGCUCUAAGAGGAGACCUGUUAUUCGUAGUGCUAGUAAGAUUCAUCCAGUUGAGUCUGCUGGUGUUAAGAAGGUACUGGAGGAGUCCUUCAUGUCUGAGACUAGUGAUCAUGAUAUCAGUGUCUAUGACUUCCCUCCUAGUCCUGUAAAAAGUAAGAAUGGAUUGUCAAAGUCCACGAGGAAGCAGUCACUAGUAUCAAGUACUUCAUCAACCGCUACCAGCCCACAGAGGCCCUCUAUAUCCAACACUGGACCACCUAACAGGACCUCAACCACUAACAGGACUAGUAGUAAUACUAAUAUAGCUGAGACUGCUACCAUUAACAGAUCUGCUGUUAUUAAUAAUAGCACAGCUACUAACAGUACUGCUGUCCCUGGUGCUACUGACAGUACAGUUAACAGACCUUCAGUUACUACUGAUAGCACUACUGCUCCUCCCCCUGUGGUUCCUAAGAGGAGCUUUGCUAGGAAAGUCCCUGGAGUUAGGAGGUACUCUACUGGACUGAAGUCCCUAGACAAGUCCCUGGACAGGAGGGGGAGAGGGAAGAGCGUUAGCUUUGGGUCCUCGUCAUCUUCUGCUAAUAACUCAAGGGACGUACUGAAGAGCAUAUCAAUGAUUGAGGAGACACAGUUGGAGACUGAUAAGGAGAUUGUACUGGGUAAUGGUGGGGCUGGUGAAAGAGAUAAAGCUAGCAAUGAAGGAAGAACAGAGAAAAGAGGAGAGACAAAGGCCAAGAGAGUUGAAUCUACUUCCACUCAAAAGAAGAGUACAGGAAAGAAAGAGAGUGUAGCUAGUCUUGGAAAGAAAGAGAGUGUAGCUACGUGUAGUAAUGGAAAGAAGGACAGUGUAGCUAGUCAUGGAAGGAAAGAUGGAGACAAAGAGAGGAAAACUGCUAGCAAGAGUAAAGAAGGAGUACCUUUAAUGGCAGCCGAACCUCAAGUAGCAGAGAUAGAAGGAGAGAUUGUGAUCACAAGGAUAGAUGAGAGACCAAACACAAGAAGUAGAAAGAAAAAGUCUCUUGAUGACAGCUUUGAUGAUAUUGUUAAGAGGAGGCCCAAGUCUCGGCAGCGCCCAUGUGUCCCUUCUCCUGUGAUUGAUUUUGAUGAUGACAGUGACUUCAGUCUUGAAGACAUCAGUAUCACUUACUCCUUCAAUAGCAAUGGGAAUAGGAAUAAGACGGGAGGGAAGCAUCAGCAGUGUAUUAAUGGAGAUAAGGAAGAGAGAGACACUGGUCCUGAUACUAGUGACAUUAGGGUAGCUGGUAGUACCAGUAGAAGUGAAGGAGGAGCUAAUGGGGGCUAUAGAGAUAAUGGAGUCACAAGGAAUGGUGGUAGAGAGAAUACUAGCUGCACUAUUAGUAUGAAGAGCAAUGGUAGAGAAAGGAGAGAGGAAGAGAUGGUCACUGCCCAUGACUUUAGUUAUGGAGGGAAGAAGAUUCUAAGGAAAGGACUUCGAGUGAGUUUAGAGAAGACAGGAAUGGAAAUAAGAGAGAGGGCUACUGUGACCAGCCGGUCGUCAGGAAGGAAUAGCUUAAAUGGAGGAACCCUAUCAGAUAGAGGGAAGACAGAUCACUCUGUUCAUAUGUUAGAUGAAUCAAUGGAAGAGUUCAUUAAUGAGGAUCCCACUAGUGUAGAGUGUAGCCUCAGUACUGAUGAUACUACCUGGUCUCCUCAGACUAAAGCUAAAGCACCAGCUCCUAAUAAUAAAGCAACAAAGACUGUUCACUUUGGACCAGUUUCCAACAAGCUACAUGUUAGCAAUAAUGACACUGCUGAUACUAAUAAUGGAGUUUAUAAAGGUGCUCCAAGCCCUCAGCUGGCCUUGUCUCCUAAUGGCAGUGUGUCCUCAAGUCAAAUGGAUCUUGACUGCUCAGUGAUGUCAGCUUUUAGAAAAGAUUGCACUGUUCUUUUUACUGAUAUUUCAACUCUUAAGAAGAUGUCAGCUCCUACUGUCAGCAGUAAACCGUCUAAUAAUAAGAGGAAGAGGAAGAAUGAGGGCAAACCUGGAGGUCCUAUAUUAAAGAAAGCCAAGUCAGCUACUGAGUCCGUCCUUCAUUCCUCUACUGUUAAUGAUGAUGAGUCUUCGUUGACUGAUAAUGUAUUAACUGCUUCUGAUGAGGCAUCCAAAUCAAUGGAGGUUGUUCUAAAAGACAUUAGGAAAGAGACCCAAUUUAUGGAAGAUCUCUAUCAUAAAGCUAGAUUAGAACACAGCGAGUUUACCGAGCACCAAAAGAAAAGAUUUGAAGAGGAAAAGGACAAACUUAACGAGCCUCUGGCUAAACUAAGCAAGGAAAUGAAUAGAAUAAAGAAGAAGAUUCUUCAAGAGCAGCAUGAGAGGAGUAUGAGUAAUGUGAGGAAAUCUCUUCUUACAAUGGUAAACAAACUAGUCCACGAGUCAUAAACAAUGUAGCUACAUGUACAUGUAUAAUUAAUAAUUAUGUUAAUAUCAUUUAAUCAUCAAUCAUUAUAUGUCAUAUUAUUAUUAUUAU